AGAAGCCUGAGACAUAAUCCAUUCAAGCACAAAACACUUGGCUUUGACCUUCUCUGUAGCACUUGUCAUAUAUACUCUACAACCAUGGCUUACCACCAAAAUUCAUGUUUUUUCUUGUUAUUUGUCGUAUGCUUGUCAUCGAUUCAAACCGAUGCACGAAACCUCCUUGAGACAACCUUGCCUAAAUUUCCACCACUUCCUGAAAUCCCAACCUUGCCUAAGCCCGAGCUACCAACUUUGCCAAAGCCUGAACUUCCACAAAUUCCUAAGCCUGAACUCCCAACACUGCCAAAACCCGAGUUGCCAACAUUGCCAAAGCCUGAAAUGCCUACUCUGCCCAAGCCCGAGUUCCCAAGUUUGCCGAAGCCAGAGCUUCCUGUGAUUCCCAAGCCUGAACUCCCAACUCUGCCAAAGCCCGAAGUACCACAAGUGCCCAAGAAGCCUUAAUCAAGUGCUAGGGAUACAACUGUC